CGCAGCUAGCCGCCCACUCUACUCCCGAUCACACAGGUUCUCAAUCGACCUUCGCUCGCCCAGCAUUAUUCUGUGAAGACGAUGUCUGGCAGGAGGUCGCGCGGCUCCGUGUCGGAGGAGGAGAUCAACGAGCUCAUCUCCAGGCUCCAGACCCUGCUCCCCACGACGCGCCGCCGCGGCAGCAGCAGCAGCCAGGCGUCGACGACGAAAAUGCUCAAGGAGACAUGCAGCUACAUCAAGAGCCUGCACAGGGAAGUGGACGACCUCAGCGACCGCCUCUCCGACCUCAUGUCCACCAUGGACAACAACAGCCCCGCCGCCGAGAUCAUCCGCAGCCUCCUCCGCUAGCUAGCCAGCUACAUGGCUACUCAUCGUCGUCAACCACACACAUCGGCUGAUUGUCCUAAGCUAGUUCAUCAUCUGCGUACAUCUCGUGCAUGCCUAGCUACUGCAUGCUGAGGCCGGCUGGUCUAAUUCACUUUGGUAGGGCAUCAAUCAUUAGCUAGGGCCUUCACCUAAGUUCUAUAGCUGCUUAAUUAGCUCACCCUUGCAUGUGGUUUCCUCCCAGUUUCCAUCCCUCCGAUCCGCCUCUCUCAUGUUCUCAUCUGCCUGUGUAAACUUGGUUACUUAUUUGCAGUCUGGAUCGAGUUGUUUCCCCUAGAGACAACCGGCCGACCGCUAGCUACCCGUCCGGUGGUGGUACUGCUAAUAUACUACUCCUACCCAGUAUCAAUCACCCAUGAUUGUAUGUACUAUGUACUGUCGUCGCUUCGGCUGAAUGACUAUUGAUUAAUCCAAACUGAUUAUGUUA